AUGGUUAUCAACCAACCGUAAAUUUUUUUAAAUUUAUUUUGCUUUGCUUUCGUUUUACUGAAAUAAAUUAUUCUAGUAAAAAAUUAUAUGAGAAGAAAAAAUCGUCGCAAAAUGUCCAAGAAACAGAAAAAAACGCAGGAGCUAGUGGAGAAGCAUAUGAAGACCAUCACCAUCCCUCCAGUACCAGGCCUGGCAGAAAGCACCAAGCAACUGGUAACGAGAAUGAUUGAUCAUCCGGCCUUCAACAAUCCAAAUUAUAGAUGGAGCCUAGAUGACUAUGAAUUUGGAAAGUUUCUGGGAAGAAGUAAAUUUGGCAGAGUAUUUUUGGCGCGUGAGAAGCGCAGUGGAUAUAUAGUUGCCCUGAAGACACUAUUGAAAAAGGAAAUUGUCGAGGGCCACGUUGAAAAACAAACGAUGAGGGAAAUUGAAAUUCAGAGCCACUUAAAACAUCCCAACAUACUACAGCUUCUGGCCUGGUUCCACGAUUCUCACAGAAUUUACUUAAUCUUGGAAUAUGCUGGUAAAGGAGAGUUAUACAAACAUUUAAAAAAUGCUGAUAAUGGCAGAUUUGGUAAUCAGAGAUCUGCGAAAUAUGCUUAUCAAGUUACUGAUGCUUUGGAUUAUUGCCAUCAGAACCAUGUUAUUCACAGAGACAUCAAACCUGAAAACUUGCUCCUCACUAUUACUGGUGAUGUUAAGUUGGCCGAUUUUGGUUGGUCUGUUCACUCUCCUUCAUUGAAAAGAAACACUAUGUGCGGCACUUUGGACUACUUACCACCUGAAAUGAUUGGCGGCAAAGAUUAUAGACAUCAUGUCGAUAAUUAGUGUUUAGGAAUUUUAUGCUAUGAAUUUUUGCAUGGUUACCCUCCAUUUGAAAGCAAAGAGUCAGAGGACACUUAUAGACGAAUUAGAAUGAGAGAUUUGCAUUUUGGUGAACACAUUAGUGCUUUGGCUGAGGACUUUAUUUCUAAGUUGGUUGUCAUUAAAGGUGACAAAAGAAUGUCCUUGAAAGACGCUAUGAAGCAUCCAUGGAUUAUGGAGAAUUGGGUUAAUCUCGACAAGUGCAAGAAAUAAAGCCAUACUUUGAAUCAAAGUUGAUUAGAGUUUUUUCUAAUCAAUCGGCUCUGACACUACUUUUCUGCUGAGUAGAUAAUUUAAUUUUUCCUCUUUGGUUUGUAGUUUUUUGUAUUGCAUUAAUAUUGUUUUCCUUUGGUAGAAAAAUAAAGCCACACUACAAAUGAUCAUAGUCAAUUAGAUUCGUUCAAAUAAUUUUUCGAGGCCCUAAUUUUCUAUGAUUAGUUUUUGAUUUUUUUGGUUGUUAUAGAAUAUUUUUAAGAUAGUAUUUUUUAUUAUUGUGUAUGUAUUUUGUUACUGUUACGACUAUGUACUCCACAUAUUUGAGAAUUUGAUUUAUUUUUUUACAAAAUACAGUGAUAAAGUAAUUUAAUAAA